AUGAUUUUGAAAAAAAAUGCAAAAUAUGAAUCAAGAAGACAAAUGUUAUAUGAACUAUCUAAGAAAGAAGAACUUUAAGAAUUAACUUAAAAUAUCUUAGAUGAUAUGGAAGAUCUUUAAUAUCUAUAUAAAUCAUAUUCAUAGAAUUAUUUUGAUAAAAAAACUGUUGAAAUUAUGGGAGAUGAUCCAAUAUUAAAAGGAUAAAAACUAAUGAAUAUGAUUUUAAAUAGAGAUAAUUAUAAUUACAAAGAGAGAAUAAGAAAAUCUUUAAUAAAUUUGCAUUGUACAAAUUCAAUAUUUCCUGAAAUAAUCCACUUUUUAAGAGUGGAUAAUUAAAGUAUAGAAAUAAAAUAUUGUAAUGAACUAGAAAGAGAAUUAUUAAAAUAUGAUUAAGAGAAAUUAGAAAGAACAGAAGUUUAUAAUUAGAUAGAAGAAAGUUCAGAUCAAACCUUAAUUUUAAUUCAUUUAAUGUGUUUAAAACAUAGAAUAACAAAUUAAUAAGAUUUUCUAUAAUAUUUUAAUACAUCUAAGGAUUAUUAAACAAUUAAAGAACUAUAUACUAAAUGUUAAGAAUUAUUAUAGUUUAAUUAUUUAGAGAAAAAUACAUAAUCUAUAAUAAAUAUAGUUUCAGACUUUUAUUAAUUAUUUUCUACAUAUUGUUAAAUGAUUAAACCUAAAUAAGAAAAAUGUACAACACUAAUCUUUAGAGUUUUAUUAUAAUUAUUGUUGUAUUAAAAUAUAAUUAUACCAGAAUUACUUAGAUUUAUGAAGAUAAUUAGAAAUAGUUAAGUUUAUAAUGUUUAGUAUAGUUUUGGAAUGAUUGUACUUAAACCUACUGUAAAACUAUUGGCAUAAAUGAGUUAAAUUCCAUAAAUCAGUAAUUAGGUUGAAUUAUUAAAAAUCAAAAAAAUAAAUUUAACUUCUAAUUUACCUAAGUAUGAACACUUCUAUAGAUAAGUUUUAAUACAUUUCCCUAAUAUUUUGUAAAUAGAUACUAAUUAAGUUAUUGUAAAUUAUUUAGAGAAAUUAACUUAAAAUUAUCAUAAACAUAUUGUUGUUCUUGAAGAAAUCUAUUUGAGUACAGAAUUUUAAUAAAUGAUGGAUACGAUUGAUAAAAUAUGUGGUAUAUAGAUUAAAUUAAUAAUGAAUUAAGAUGUGAAUUCUGAAGAUGAAUUUGAAGAAUAUGGAACAAAUGUAUUAAAGAUAGGAACUAUGUUAUUUCGAUUAAAAGAAAAGAUAUUUUUAAAUAAUAAUUCAACAAAACUAAAAUAAAUUAAUGAUCUUAUACAAAAAUUUUAGAAAUUCUUAUAAUAUGAAUCAAAACAUGAAAGAUCCUUUCCUCAAUUAUUAAAAUAUAUUAAUUGUAACAAUAAUGAUUUAUAGAUUAAUAUUACUGAUAAUUAUGAUUAAGAAUUAUUGGAAAAUACAAGAUUUUAAGAAUUUUUGCAUUUAUUAGAUAAUAAUUAAAUUUAAAUUGAUUAUGAUAAAGGAGAAACUGAAAAUGAAAUCCUUUUUAAUUAAAUUAAGUUAAUUUAUCAACAAAGAGAAUAAAAUUUAGAUUAGUUGAAUUAAUUAAAUGGGAAUUAACGUUGUGAUUAAUUAAUGAAGGAUUUAUAGAAAAAUGAAUUAUAACAUAAAGAAUAUUUAGUGAAACUUUUAGUUUGCAUAUAAUACUAAAUAUAUUUAUGA